CAUAUUUUGAGGAUGAAUUCCACGGUUGCAUUACUUAACCAAAAUUUCAAAAUAAAGCCGCGGGCUGGCAGUGCUACUUCGUCAUCGUCCUCGCUAUUUCUCUCCACGCUUUGAAACUACACUGUCCACCAAGUUUUCACUAAUGGGAAAGAACCCUAAAUCUUCUUCUCAUCCUGUUGCACCCCUUCAAUCCAAACCUAACCAAGACAUUUCCUACGAAGGUGAACGUCUCGAUGAGUUGCUACUGUCGAUUCAGAGAGAGAUAAAGACAACAAGAGAUUUGAAUGCGGAAUCCUUGCCGGAAAAAUUUUGGCUUAAGAAACAAUUUGCAAUUGGGGUUAAUGAGGUUACUAGAGUUCUUGAACGGAUGACACCAUGUGGGGAUUCUGCUCGCUUAAUGAACCCUAAUUAUAAGACGUGUACGGUCAAGCUUCAGGCUAUACUGUUAACAGCCAAUUGCAACCCCCGAUGGCUUACAAACCAUGUGCCAACCUUGGCCAUGUCUAGGAAGGUACCAUUGAUACUCGUGAAAGAUAAAGAAGGAUCAUUAAGGUUAGGUGAACUCGUUAGCCUUAAAACAGCAAUUGCAAUUGGAAUAAAGGCGAAUGGGAGCCCUAUUAAUCAACUCAUUGAUGAAAUCCUUCAAAGAACAACAUAAAGACACGUUUCAUGGGUACAACAAAGUUGUCUGGUGUUCACUGUACAGUAAAAAAAAAAGUGAAAUUGAAGCAUGUUCUCGUCUUCUUCCCUGUAGCAGUCUUGAUAUGUGUUCGAGUUGAUUCAUUGUAGAUAAUGGCCACCACUUUAGUUGGAAAGAUAGCUCGUAGAAUUGGGAAGUAUUGAUCUUUUGAAAAGGGACAUUGUUUGUGGCCGGAGUUGAGUGGAUAUAUUUCUUUAUUUUAAAAUGUUAUAUUCAUAAUUUUGACCUAUUAAAGACCGAAACAACAUAAAACAUAUUUAUAAAA